GCGCGCGAGGUGGGGCGGGGCUGCGCGCGCUCCCUCCCUCCCGAGCGGGCGGCGGGCCGGAUCUGGGAUGGCGCCUCCUCCGCCUUCGCCCCAGCUGCUCCUCCUGGCAGCCCUGGCGGGGCUCCUGCGUCCCAUGGAGGUGAUGGCUGAGCCGGCCGAGGAGGCGGGAGCCCGUUGCCCGGGGGGCCUGUGGCCUCUGCCCCAACAGGUGUCACCGAGAGUGACUUACACACGGAGGAGCCCACGGCAGGCAGAAGAUGUCAGCUUCCUCUACCAUCCCUGUGCCCACCCCUGGCUGAAGCUCCAGCUGGUCCUCCUGGCCCACGUCCAUGUGGCCCAGCCCUCCCUGGCCCCUGACUCCAGCCUCACUCAGGACCGGCCCCUGGUGUUGGAAGCAUGGGGGGUGGUGCUGGAGAUGGCAUGGGUGGAGCCAGCCUGGGCUGCCCACUUGCUGAAGCGAAGGCGGUGGAAGAGGCAGAGGAAGAAGGCACAGUUCCUCUCUGACAGCCUUUCUGGGCCCUCUCCCUGGGCACGAACGCCGGACAGAGGGAGGCUGUGCCGGAGAGGGUGUGUGCAGGCCCCAGCUUUGGCCUUUACUCUGCGGAGCUGGCGGCCCCCAGGCCCAGAGGUGGUGUCUAGAGGGCCCAGGCAGCACUCUCCUGGUGGUGCCAAGAGGCGUGGGCUGCGGGCUGCUCUUGGUCUCCAGCCUACUUCCUCAGCCCCGAGGUUCCCCUCUGCUUCCCCAUGGAGCGUGGAGACCAGGAAGCCCAAGCUAGGAACCCCAGGUGAAGGGGGUAAUGCUCCAUUUGUGCCCACUGCCCCCCUGCUACCUGGGGGGCCUCGAGGCAGUGCCAGCUCCAGGAUAGAGGCCCAGGUGCCCAAAGGGCAGAGCAGCCCAGGUGGCUGUGCCUGUCCAAGCCAGGCUUCCCCAGCCGCUCGGGCAGCAGCACCUCCGCGGGCAGCCCGGGGCCCCACCCCACGCACGGAGGAAGCUGCCUGGGCUGCCAUGGCCCUGACCUUUCUGUUGGUGCUGCUCACCCUGGCCACACUCUGCACUCGGCUGCACCGGAACUUCCGACGCGGGGAGAGCAUCUACUGGGGGCCCGUGGCGGACAGCCAGGACACUGUGGCCGCUGUGCUGAAGAGGCGGCUGCUGAUGCCCCCGCGUCGGGUCAAGCGCUCACGCCGGAGACCCCUCCUCCCACCCACGCAGGACAGCGGCCCAGAUGGGGACAGCUCCGACUGACCUGCCCCGGCCCUGCCACUGUGGCAGGUUUUGCCCCUCCUCCCCCGGGGAGGCCGCGACCUCUGCCACGUGGACCACGCGCAGGGCCGCCCUCUGGUGGCCGGAUGGAGCAUUUGCAGAAGGGUUAGUUCUUAAUGUGGUGUUUGUGGGGAAGGGUGGCCCAAGGAAGAAAAAGGAGCUGUUGUAGCCUCCUUUGCCAAAACUCUGUAUUUUUAACUAAAUUAUUUUAGUAGAAUCUU